AACUCUUUGAACACUAAUUUAUUAGCGCCACAAAAAAAUAAUGUAAUGAAUUUUGUAAUGUAAUUAAAUAAAGUGCGCUCAACAGAUUGACACUGAGUCCAUCAGUGUUGGACCAGUGUGUAUGAAUAGUAUAUAAUAUUAAAAAUUACUGACAGGGCACACAUCAAUGAUCGAUUCUUUCAAUACCACAUUAUACUCAAGAGUCAAAGGAAAGUUGAAAGAGAACAGCGACAAGGAAAUAAUUUCUAUAUUGCUUCUUGUCAGAAAUUGAAAAUAUUUCUUUAUACAACAAACAUUUCAAAAAACUAUUUGCAGUGUUUAAUACGCAAAGUAUGGUUGUACCUACAAAUGGCUCAGAUCACAUAGAACUGCAAGAUCCCUUGGUGCUAUUCUUAGCUCGUUGGGUAUUUGCUGGUACUGGUAUUGUUGCGAAUUCCAUUGUUAUGUUGGUUUUCAUCUACAACAAGACUUACAAGAAGUCUCUGUCGCUCAAACUACUUCUCCAUCAGACUGUGAUUGAUUUGAUUGGCUCUGUAAUGUUUUUAAUCUUCUAUAACAUUGAUGUUCCUGACGGCACUGGUGGAACCAUAUUCUGCAAAACGGAAACUUUGUUCUUCUAUGUGUUUGUAACAUCAACUUACAAUUUUGUUUUGCUUACUGUUGAACGAUAUAUUGCCAUUGUUCAUCCAUUAUUAUAUCGCCAGAAAUCCUUUGGUAGGAAAGUUACAUACAUCUCACUCAUUUGCCCUCAUGUAUCUGGUCUACUUAUAACGGUAAAUCUCCCAAUAUAUGCAGAAAAAAAUCCAAAUGGACAAAUAUGUUCAUAUGAGAGAUUCAAUGCUAUAGUUGGUAUUAUAUUUUCUAUUGUUGAUUGGCUGAUACCCAUUUGCAUUAUGCUGUACUGUUACGUGCAGAUGCUUUUGAAAUUACACAAAACACGAAUAGUUAACGACAACCUUUCAACUGAAUUUCAACCUAGGAAUGACAGGCAAAAUAGAGUCAAAAGAAAUCUGAUAAAAACACUCAUCAUAAUUGCGUUUGUUUAUUUUGUUACAGUAACUCCAUCCACUGUUUCUUUCUUGGUCUAUUUUAUAAGUGACAGUUAUGAUUAUACAUUGAAUGAAGUGGUUAUUUUGUUGCUAGAUUUAAAUCUUACCAUUAAUCCAUUUAUUUACUGUAUGGUAUACAAGGAUUUUCAAAGGGGAAUUCACAAGAUCAGAAAUGACAUAUUUCAUGGUUGA